AUGGAGGACCUCAGUCUCGCUGAAAUCCCGCGUUCAAGCUUUUUCCCUCUUUGGGUCUCAGAUAUCGAAGUCCUGCGGCAACUUACAAGCGUGCUCCAGAGGGGUGAUAUACCUGGAAUCUCAGUCGCAUCAAAUAAGCAGGCUGCUAUACCCUCAGAUUCCUACUUUCCAGCAGCCAUAUUGUGCCCAGGAAAUCAACAUCGCACAGCAAGCAAUUGCCGGAGAUCUUCUUGUCUUACAAUUCCAUACUCUGUACGAUAG